AUGUUGUCAUCCAUUGGGCCAUUCGAAGUAGCUAGCUUCGUGGCCAGUGUUUUCGCCAUUGGAUAUAUCUGUUAUAUGAGAUGUCUUCAUCCACUAUCACGAUACCCCGGGCCAGCAAUAGCUUCACUGACCAACACCUGGAAAGCCUACUAUGUCUACAAACUCAUUCUCCAUGAGAAACUGGUGGAGCUGCACGAACAGUAUGGCUCCGUUGUCCGCAUCGGCCCUAACCAUCUCCACUUCUGGGAUGGCGAGGCCAUUUCCGCCAUCUACAAGGGUGGAAGAAAGAUGGGAAAGACGGGCUUUUACAAUGCGUUUACUGCAUUUAACCCAAAUUUGUUUGGGGGGACGGAUGAGGAUAUUCAUUCCCUGCGCCGAAGGCAACUAUCGCAUGGGUUCUCGCAAGCCUCAAUUGAGAACUUUGAGCCUCUGAUUAACGGGCAAAUGGAGAUCUUGAUUAACAAGCUCAAGGGAUUUGCAAAGACGGGAGAGGUGUUUGAUCUCAAGUCUGUCAUUUCAUAUUACGUCCUGGAUAUUCUGGGUGACGUUGCAUUCAGUAGACCAUUCAAUGCUCAGAUUGAGGGUGAGGCAGAUGAGAUCCAUGCGAUUAACGAUCAUAUUCUCUUGUCCUGUGUUAUUGGCGAGCUUCCGCUCCAGGCCGUGUCGAAGCUACUCGCACGAUGGUCGCCAAUUCCAUGGAUGCGAAGACUACUCAAGAGCAGGAAUAAUCUCAAAGUUAAAUGUUCUGAGUGUGUGAGGAACAAGAUCAACUGUGCUUCCGAUCGUCGGGAUCUACUGCAGAGUCUGGUUACUGCUAAGGAUGCCGAAACCGGUGCCAGUCUGAGUGAGCAAGAGAUCAAUUCUGAGGCUUUUGCUAUGCUUGUGGCAGGAUCCCAUUCGACAUCUGGUACACUGACACUUCUACUUUGGCAUCUCUUCCACAGCCCGGAUGUGGACAUGGUGGCAAAUGAAGUCUCCGAGGUCAUUGGACCAUUAGAACAAGGGAGUAUUUCCUAUCCCAUCAAAGGACUCGAGGCCUCAUUGCCGUAUACAAUGGCAUGUGUGCGGGAGAAUUUCCGGAUGAACCCCGUCUUCACGAUGCCCCUGUGGCGACUCGUCAGUUCACCAAACGGAGCAAAAAUUGGAGAAUUUGACGUUCCAUGCGGUACUCAUGUCUGCAUCUCCAACUACGUCCUCCACCACAACCCCGACAUCUGGGGCGAUGACCACGCAACCUUCCGACCGGACAGAUGGUUGGGCAAAGACGGGCCGAACCGGAGUCGGUAUCUUAUUCCCUUUAGUAUCGGACACCGCAUGUGCAUUGGGAAGAAUCUGGCCAUGACAAAUAUCCUCAAGACACUUACUACCUUGGUCAGUCAGUUUGAGUUCCAGCCAGUAUCUGAGCAAAAGGAGGUGAAAGUCCGUAGCUCGGGGAUUGGAGAGAUGCAGGGGUCUUUUGAAUGUACAGUUUCUUUGAAGUAGAUGAAGUAUUAUAUAUAGAUACGUAUGUUAUCCAGUCAAGAUAUUUAUGCAUGAUGAUCGUAGCAUAAC